UUUGCAGCGGCACCUCUUAAUGACGUCAUCUUUUGUUUGAUGAAAUCCGAAACCAGAGACGGCUGGCUAAUAGUAAAGCUAGAGGAUCUUUGGUGAAACUGGUUAUCCCGAAAAUCUAUUUAGACCAAUAUUUCAUUUGUCUGUUUGUAUUGUAUUACUCCUUUGCAAUGAACAAAAACAAGGCCAGUGGCGUGUCAUGGGUGAAACCAGCUGAACCGUCAUUUCUGAAGAAGUUUAAAGAAGAUGUUGGUUAUAAAGAAGGACCCACUGUUGAUACUAAGCGCCAGGUGAUGCCAACCCUCGAUGACAACGGGAGUGAUCUAGAGGAUGAGUUACCCCAAGUUGUGGUUCUAAAAGAAGGACACCUAAACGCAGAGGAGGUUAAAAAGAUCAAGGACGAAAUGCAUACUGGUGGUGGCGAAGAGAAAGACGAUGAACGCCCUCCUGAUGGUAAAAUCUUGUUCAAGAAACCAGCCAAGCGCUCCUCUUCAGAAAAAUUCCAGGGCAUCACUGCCAGCUCCAGCAAAAAGAAGAAGAGUGAUGGAGGAGAGGAGGAGGGGGAAGAGAGAAAGUCUGGAAAGAAAGUAAAAAAUAAUAGCCUUCUGUCAUUUGGAGGGGAUGAGGAGGAAGAAGAGGAGGACUAAAUGUUUGCUGGUGAAAUGUAAGUCUGUAUUUAACCGCUGUGACAAAAAGAUUUAAACUGUGACUUUUGAGUAUUGAUAAAAUGUUUGAAAAUAUUUAACAGUAGAAACAGAGGUCACAUUGACAGACAGAUCAUCAUGUUGCAGCCUGUCAAUUCUGUAGUUUUAAGGACCGUGUCAGUAUGUUUGCUAGUCUUGGCCAAAUAGUAAAUUUGUAAAACAUACAACCCAAACAUGUAUUUUAGUACACUGUACAAAUCAACUUGCCAAUAUUCAAUUAGCUUGAAUAACAAUUCCAUUAGAAUGAACAUCUUGAUUUCCCUGCUUUUGUUUCUUCAAAGCUCUAUUAUCACUGAAUGCACAGGGACAGUUUCCAACUGUUUUUGUUAGGAAUGUCAUGACACCAACAAUCUAGUAGUCUGUACCAAUACUAUCAAAAGUACACAAUGGUUGAUACCAAAGUCAAAACCACAGUGUAAAAAAGAACAAUAAUACUUAAACAGUCUCGUAAU